UAUUUAUAGUGCUGGCCCUUGCUACAAUGUCAUCUGUAACUCGAAUCCAUCUGUUUAGUCACAGCAUGUUGAAUGUCAGUUGCCAGAGAAAAGCAGAGAACUCGGCUCUGCGAUUCCCCUUCACUCUGUCACUAGACAGCCCAAUGGAGCCUUCUGCAGUCGAACCAAUACCCACUGCGGUCAGCAGCCUCCUGGGUGUCCCAGGGCUUAUCACCUGGGAUGGGGAUGAGGCGAACGACGCGGAGGUGAUCGGUGGCAUCAGGCCCAAGUCCUCUCCUCUCCCACGGAGAAGGAGCGCCAGUGAUUUAAAGGACUGUGAGCUCGAGCUCACCCCAUCCAGCUCUCGGAGAGUGUCCUUUGCGGACGCCCUCGGCCUAAACCUGGUGAAAGUGAAAGAGUUUGACUCGUGGGACAUAACAAUCCCGCUGAACUUCAAUGCCAUGGAGGGAGAGAAAGAGGUAGAGGAAUACUACUUGUCCUCAUUAUACACUCCUUCACCAUCCCAAGAAGCCAUGGUCCUGAGAGUUCAGGAGCAGAAGCUAGAGCUGGAGAGCAUUGAGUUAUUCUACCAGACUACAAUACUAUGGGGGGUGGUCCGCGUUCUCAAUGUCUCCUUUGAUAAGAUGGUGUACAUCCGCACCUUGCUGGAUGCCUGGGCCACGCACUUUGACCUGCUGGCAGAGUACAUACCAGGGUCCAGCGAUGGAGACACUGACUGCUUCUCAUUCAAGCUCACCCUGGUGCCCCCCUUUGGGGAAAAGGGGGCCAGAGUGGACUUCUGUCUCCGGUACGAGACCCCUGUUGGAACUUUCUGGGCCAACAAUAGUGACCAGAACUAUGUGAUGUUUUGUCACCAGAAAAUCAAGGAGUCGAAAGAGAAACCAGAAAAAGACCAAAGCGGGCGCAGGAAAAGCACCCUGAAAGCCAUCAGUCAUGACUUUCCCUGUGAUGAAAACUGGUCGUCAACCAAUGCUGAAUCUUCAGACGUACACAACCGUGGAGGGAAGAUGGCUAGUAUGAACACUUCUGAGUCUCAGUCAGGAGCACUCCAAGAUGAUCGUCAGAAAUUAAUGGUUGAGAGCAGCCGGAACUCCAGCAGAAGAAACCGACGAAAGGCAGCACGAUUGGCGAAGGUGCGGGACUACUUCACCCAGAGAGAGGAUGAGACCCAAGAGAAAGAGAAGGGAGCAGUGGAACCAUCACAGAUCCCACAGGAAAAGCUUUCAAAUAGGCCUGAGGUACAACCACUGCCACCACAGGGCAGGAAAGGGUUUGGGCUGCAGGCAACAGAUUCUCUGUCUACGUGCAAACUGUCUCCUGGUAUCCCAGACAGCACGUCUUGGCAGGAGUCAGUGAAACCUGAGAAAAUAGACCCAACGUUCCGAUCAGCCCCAUCAGAGCUGAGAGGGAAACAGGCCUCACUGAUCCCCAGCAGCAAGUCAGAUUCAACUGAUCAACCUGUUGCUGUGAGCCAAAAUGGUGAUACGUCUGUUUUCAGUGUGGAGGGAAGGGCUCUGAUGCAGAUGGAAACGGAGAAGGGUGGAUCUGCCAUCAGCACAGACAUAACACAUUCAGAUAACAUUGUCAGGUUGGAGAACAGCACAGCAGGCCCAGUCCCAGGCAGCCAGACCAAUAGCUUUAUGUUUGGUAAUGUUGUGGCCCCACCAUACUGUCAGGGGUUUGGUAGAGUGGAGAGUGGGAGUCCGAGCUUCACCCAUAGAGGGAAUCGAACAAGUGGUCAAUUGCAUGAAUGGGAUUCAACAGCCUACACAGCCCAGAGUUACCCAUCCACAGAGGAAGUAGAAACUCACUCCUGUGUUUCAGCUGAUACUCGUGGAACACCUGAUGACAAGCCUGUAGAUCAACAGGGGUCUCUUAAAUCAAACCCAGAACACUUCAGCUCUGGAUUAAGUACAGAAAGAGAGUCUGAACCUAAACUUCUGUCAGAAGAGGCAGGAGGUCUUCUCAGGACUCACACUGCCCUGAACACUGCUGCUGCUCUCAGGGCACAAAUCCUCAAUGUGAACUCAGGCCUCCAGGGGUCUGAGGAGAACAUUCUGCCUCCUCAGACCCAGAUGCACCAGGACAGUAAGCUUUUACAAACACAAACCCCAUUACCAAACACAACACCUUUACAAACUCCAGUGGACACAACACUUUCACAAACACAAACUCUGAUAGACGCGACACAAGGCAGUUUCCUACAGUCACAAACUGAAAUGGGGUCAAAGCAUGUCUCUGCUGAGAUGACUCUGCAGGGGGCCAGUUGUGGAUAUGAGAGACCUAAUGAGUCAGAUGAAAUGGAGAACCCUCUCACAGAUGAAUGGUCAACAAGCCCAUUCACAGAAAUAGUAGACACACCUAUAGCCAUGCUAGAGCCUGUGGAUGCUGACCUGAAAGUUCACACUUCAGAGACCGAGGAAAAGAUCACCACUGUGCACCAAAACUUUGCUGUGCCCCGUACGGACACACUGGAGGAAGAAACCAGUGGGACAGCAUUGAAAGAUGAUUCCAUUGUCAUUAAGGAAUGGACAUCAUUGGAGAAAUUAAUGAUGAGAAAACAAACAGAUCAAGUGAAGGAUGAACUAUCAUUUGAAGUGUCAAACAUUUUAUGCAAUGAAGAAAACCGGCAUUCUAUUGACAACAAGGAUUAUGAUGAUGUAGAUGGAGAGAUGUCAAACUAUGUGAGGUAUGAUUAUGAUAAAGACACUGACAAGGGCUCAAAGUUCAAAGAAGAAGAUAUUCAUAAGGAAGUUGAACUGGUAAUGAUGAACAGUAAGAAGUAUUUAGUUCCUACAAAGAAGGAGAUAGACACAAGUAAUGGACAACCAUUUCUAAAGAAAGAUCGAAUAGUAAAAGACUGGGAGGGGACUGUGGAAGAGGAAGACACGAUGGGGGAAUAUGUGGAGGGGGACGAAUGGGAAAUAGAAGAAGAUGAGAUAGUUGUGGAAGAGGAGAUGGUGGUUGGGACAAAGAAGUUGGAGGAGACAGGGGAGGUGGAGGAAACAGAGGAGGAAGUGGAAAAGGAGAAAGAAGAAAUUAUGAUACGGGAAAAGAUAGAAGGAAUGGUGAAGGAUGGAGCGAAGGUGGUGAAGGGAGAGGAGGAAAUGGAGAAAGAAAUGGAGAAGGUGGUAGUUGAAGAAGAGAUGGAGGAUUUAGAGGAGGAGGAUGUUAAGUGGAUAGAGUGGGAGGAAGAUGAGAUUGUAGAGGGAGAGGAGGAUAUUGUAGAGGAAGAGAAGGAGGAGGAAGAGAUUGUAGAGGAAGAAACUGCAGAUGUAGAAGUAAAGGAAAUUGUAGUAGAUGAUCAAAAUGAGUUGGUAGACGAGUUUAGCAUGAACAUGGACAAUAUGAAUGAGGGUGAGGGUGGUAAGAGCACAAAUGUAAAGGUCACAGAAAAAUCUAGCCCAGUAGAUAAUACAUUAAUGACAAAUGAAGUGUCAAAUCCUUGCCACAAAGAAACUAUCAAUGACGUAAGGCUGGACACCAAGCAUCCUCGAGAUGAAGAAAUGGAAUCUAUCAAUGGAGAAUGGGAGACCUGCAUUCAAUCGGAUAAAUCUGUCAGUGGGAAAGAGGGUGAAGGGGAGGGCGAGGAGGACCAUGCAUCUACAGAGUCUCUGUCAGAGGAUGAGAUAGAAUUGUACAUGCGCAGUCUAAGGGCAGUGCAGAAGCUACGAAACAAGGACUUGGCCUUGAGUCUUGGGAAACGGCCCUCCAUAAGCAGAAGAGGCAGCAAACCGUCCAUGAUGUCCAUCAGAGAGUCUGUGGAUGAGGAGCACCCGAGCAACCAGGAAGAUCAGCCAGACACAGAGACAGUGGAGCAUCAGCCUACAGGUACACUGCCCCUAGUGGAAGGAGGGCAGGAUAGCACCAGGAGCAAUAUAAUGUGGUGGGGAGAAUCAUUUUCUUGGCAUAAUCCCUCAAAAACACUGUUAUACACCACCCUGUUUGUAGUGUUCUUUUUUGCUGCAUACCAUUAGGACUUUCUGGUCUGUUUUAGACAGGCUGGUUUGUCAGGGGGAGAAACAGCCAAUGAUAAUAAAUAAUACAACAGGUUGAGACCUGUGAAAAUAUAUUUCAGUGUCUAUAAAAGUGCACGACAAUUAAGUUUCAUUAUUUGUCAUUAUGCCUCAUCUCUAAAUAUAGCCUCUAAAUAGAUGUUAAACAAUAUAAUUUAAGAAGCAUGUGCAGUGGCUGAUAGAGAAAACAGAUCUGGCAAUAAGAAUAGACUAUAGAUAGUCUUGACCAUUUGGGACCCGUUGGCAAUUUCGCUCAGGACAGGUUAUAGCCAAGACUCAAUCAAUAUUUUGUUUUGUCUUAUUUAUUGAUAUGGAUAUAGCCUCUGCGUGAUGGGAUUGUGUAACGUAAAUGGUUUUAACAAGCCUUCUUACAGAGUGGAAUUCAUUAAUACAACAGUCAAAAGGCCUAAUAUAAGGCCGACAGUCUGUGCUCCCAAAUACAGGAAAAAGUGUGAUUCAUUAGUUUACAUGAUCACUACAGUAGCCCCACGCGGCUAUACAAAUGUAUUAUGCAAUAAUAUGGCCAUUAAAUAACACACAACAGCAUGGCAUAUUCAGAUAGUGGAAUAAGCCUAAAUCAUAUUUACUUUCUAUUUUGCAGCUCAGGCGGUUUUCCAGACAAGGCUCUUCUGUGUCUUUAUAGUAUCAUUCUCAAACAAGUCAUUUUCUGAAGCCCAAGCCUAUAGUAUGCCAUCUACUGAUAUAACGUCAUUAUCGAAUUGCGUUCUAAAACAAGCUCUAGACAUUUAUUUUGGAAAUGAAACCGGAAGCUGCAAAGCAUUUCUAACGUCUGGGCUAGAGUUCCUUGAUUGACUAGUUAACUUCGACUAGCUACGUUCGGUUCGGUUCAUGUCCUUUGCAGAUGCCACAUUCCUGACAAAGGUUUGUACACAUAAAAAAGAUCUGUAACCGAGUAAAGGGAGAGGUAAUGUAAGAAUUGAUAGAAUUCAUUGUCGUAACAUAGGGUUUGUACAUUUACAGAUCUAAUUGAACAGUUACGUUCCAUGUGAAAAUAUAUUUCAGUGUCUAAAGUCCACAAUUAAGUUUCAUUAUUUGUCAUUAUGCCUCAUCUGAGACUACAUGUAGAUGACACAAAUGACAAAAGGUAACCAUUUUUGGUAAAAUGAUGUGGGUAAAAAGUAGAAUAUAAAUGUUGACAGCAAAUAAAGACUUUGAAUUCAGUAUAUUCCUCGUUCUAUCCAGAUUUGAUCAAAGUAAAUGUAUAUAUUUUUUAACAUUCUUAUUAAAAUUAUAUUAACAGGUGAGUGUGUUUUAUAAUUAACUUAUGAGGGUCAGUUAGUUUAAGGCAGACCCUUCAAUAGAGCACACAAUAUUAUUUAUCCAAUAUAAUGUUUUGUGACGUUUCUACAUAUUGGCCAUACUACGGUUGCAUCUUGUACAGUACGCUGUUUGUUUGAGCACAAAUUAGUUCAAAGCCCUGUGUUCAAAUAACUGUUCUUGUCUAUUAAUGUUCUGUAUUAUGUCAUGCUUCAUGUUUUACGUGAACCCCAGGAAGAGUAAUGGGGAUCCUUAUAAAAUACAGAAUACCCAGUUACAAGGCUGUGGACCAUUGCUUGGUGUGGUUACUGUUAACUUUUAUUGCAUUAUUUUAUUUGGUGUAAAUGAAGCUGAUUUUAGAUGUAUUUUGUACCAAUGCCUCCAGAUUUAUAAUAGCCAUGUACAGUAUGUUAAAUAUGGUUAACAAAAAUUUUAUAUGAAUCUCUUUUUCUGAUAAUAUACUACAGUCAAACGGUCAUUUCCUACAAUCUUUCAACAAAUAAAGCAAAAAUAAAACCUAACAUACUAUAAUUGACCACUAUGCAUACAUACACUUGAGACACAGGGUAGCCUAGUGGUUAGAGCGUUGGACUAAUGACUGGAAGGUUGCAAGUUCAAAUCCCCGAGCUGACAAGGUACAAAUCUGGUCGUUCUGCCACUGAACAGGCAGUUAACCCACUGUUCCUAGGCCGUCAUUGAAAAUAAUUAUUUCUUCUUAACUGACUUGCCUAGUUAAAUAAAGGUAAAAUAAAACAUUUAGAACACAUCUGAACAUUUCCCACAAUGUGACUUAUACUGUAUGCAGAACUGUUAUGAUGAAGCAGGGGCAGACUGGGACCAUAAAUCGGCCCAGGUAUUUCUGACACUGUCCCACCAGGGUCACAUGCCGGUUCAUGUGAAAUGGGACAGCAGCCCCUUAGCCAAAUAAUGAUAAAUCUGCACCAGUGGAGGCUGUCAAGGACUACCUACUGGGCACAAACUGGUUGAAUCAAUGUUGUUUCCACGUGAUUUCAAUGAAAUUACAUUGGACCAUUGUGGAAUAUUCUUUGAAUUGACAUCUGUGCUCAGUGGGUAGUUGGCGUUGUAUUUAAGCAGAAGUUUAAGUCUCUAAUAUCCCAGUGGUGAUUUGCUCUCAUCCAGGCUUUUUAAGGCUUUGUAAUGACACAUAUCUUUCCUGUACUCUGGUACCUUCUUUAAAUACUGUAUUGCGCCUACUAAAAUCUGUCAAUCUGCCAUUGAGCAAGGCAAGCCGUCAAUAACGGCUGAUUCCUGGCCGUGGCCCCACUCUCCAAGGGUGUCUCCAGGGGAGUGGGAUAUGCAAAAAUCACAUUUUCAUUUCACACCACACACUUGUACAGGUUACAGACUUGUACGUGUGUGAAAAAUGACAAAUAUAAGCACCCUUAUUUGACCUUUGACCUGUAGAGGCCCCCAACUCCCCUGUAUGAGGUUUACUCUUGGUAAAUAUACAGAUUGGUAUGGUUAAACAUUUGAGAAGUUAUGAAAGGGAUGCAUACCUCACAGUAAGAUUACAACGCUAUCAUGUGUCAAUGUUAAUGAACGGUUUAUAGGGAAAACAGAAAGUCUUAAAACCAUAGUCCACUCCUUACUCCCAUCAGCUUUAGACAGCAUUGUCUUGAGAUUCAAACUGUGCAUAUUUGUUUUUCUGGUGUGUCAAUAUGUCUGUCUUGGCUGUGGUCGGAUAAGAUAUAGACUCAGGUGCCUGGUUCUUAUCUGUUGAAAUGUUUGUCCUUCCCUUUAACAAUAUGAAUAAAUUGACAGCAA